GGUGCUGAUGUGUCGGGGAGGAGGGGCUCAGCGAGGCUGACCUCGCGACGCCCCCGGCUCCGACGCUGCUGCUUUGGCCGACCUACCUCCCCGGGGCCAUGGCGGCGUCUGCUCGGUCCGCGCGGGUCCCGCCUGUCUCAGAUAAAGUACAGAAAGACAAGGCUGGACAGACCUCAGGGUCCCGUCAGGGCAGCCGAAUGGGGAAACUCUUGGGUUUUGAGUGGACAGAUGUGUCCAGCUGGGGGAGGCUGGUGACCCUGCUGAACAGACCAACGGAUCCCGCAAGCCUCGCAGUCUUCCGUUUUCUCUUUGGGCUGCUGAUGGUUCUGGACAUUCCCCAGGAGCGGGGGCUCAGCUCCCUGGACCGAAGAUACCUGGACGGGCUGGACGUGUGCCGCUUCCCCUUGCUGGAUGCCCUGCAGCCACUGCCUCUUGACUGGAUGUAUCUUGUCUACACCAUCAUGUUUCUGGGGGCACUGGGCGUGAUGCUGGGCCUGUGCUACCGGAUAAGCUGUGUGUUAUUCCUACUGCCAUACUGGUAUGUGUUUCUCCUGGACAAGACGUCAUGGAACAACCACUCCUAUUUGUAUGGUUUGUUGGCCUUCCAGCUGACGUUCUUGGAUGCAAACCACUACUGGUCUGUGGACGGCCUGCUGAGUGCGCGGAAGCGGAAUGCCCACGUGCCCCUUUGGAACUAUGCUGUGCUGCGGGGCCAGAUCUUCAUUGUGUACUUCAUUGCGGGUGUGAAGAAGCUGGACGCAGACUGGGUUGAAGGCUACUCCAUGGAGUCCCUGUCCCGGCACUGGCUCUUCAGUCCCUUCAAGCUCGUGCUGUCCGAGGAGAUGACCAGCCUGCUGGUGGUGCACUGGUGCGGGCUGCUGCUCGACCUCUCGGCUGGUUUCCUGCUCUUCUUUGACGCCUCGAGGUCCGUCGGCCUGCUCUUCGUGUCCUACUUCCACUGCAUGAAUUCCCAGCUCUUCAGCAUCGGUAUGUUCCCCUACGUCAUGCUGGCCAGCAGCCCUCUCUUCUGCUCUCCCGAGUGGCCCCGGAAGCUGGUCGCUCACUGCCCGAAAAGGCUGCAAGGACUGCUGCCCCUCAGGGCUGCCCCUCAGCCCAGUGCCUCCUGCGUGUACAAGAGGGGCCGCGCCAAGGGCGGCCAGAAGCUGGGGCGGCGCCACCGGCUGGGCGCGGCCUUCACCCUGCUCUACCUCCUGGAGCAGCUCUUCCUGCCUUAUUCCCACUUCCUCACCCAGGGCUAUAACAAUUGGACCAACGGGCUGUACGGCUACUCCUGGGACAUGAUGGUGCACUCGCGCUCCCACCAGCACGUGAAGGUCACCUACCGCGAUGGCCGCACCGGCGAGCUGGGCUACCUUAACCCUGGGGUAUUCACACAGAGCCGGCGAUGGAAGGAUCAUGCCGACAUGCUGAAGCAAUAUGCCACUUGCCUGAGCCGCCUGCUUCCCAAGUACAAUGUCACUGAGCCCCAGAUCUACUUUGAUAUUUGGGUCUCCAUCAAUGACCGCUUCCAGCAGAGGAUUUUUGACCCUCGCGUGGACAUCGUGCAGGCUGCCUGGUCCCCCUUCCGGCGCACACCUUGGCUGCAGCCACUGUUGAUGGACUUGUCUCCCUGGAGGACCAAGUUACAGGAAAUCAAGAGCAGCCUGGACAACCACACAGAAGUGGUCUUCAUCGCAGAUUUCCCUGGGCUGCACCUGGAGAACUUCGUGAGCGAAGACCUGGGCAACACAAGCAUCCAGCUGCUGCAGGGGGAGGUGACCGUGGAGCUGGUGUCGGAACAGAGGAACCAGACUCUUCAGGAGGGAGAGAAGAUGCAGUUGCCUGCGGGCGAGUACCAUAAGGUGCACACGACAUCGUCCCGCCCCUCCUGCUACAUGUACAUGUAUGUCAACACCACGGAGCUUGCGCUGGAGCAAGACUUGGCGUAUCUGCAAGAAUUAAAGGAGAAAGUGGAGAAUGGAAGUGAAACAGGGCCUCUACCUCCAGAGCUGCAGCCUCUGCUGGAAGGGGAAGUAAAAGGGGGCCCCGAGCCGACACCUCUGGUUCAGACCUUUCUUAGACGCCAGCAAAAGCUCCAGGAGAUUGAACGCCGGCGAAAUGCCCCUUUCCACGAGCGACUCGUGCGCUUCUGGCUGCGAAAGCUCUAUGUGUUUCGCCGCAGCUUCCUGAUGACUUGUAUUUCACUUCGAAAUCUGGCACUGGGCCGCCCUUCCCUGGAGCAGCUGGCCCAGGAGGUGACUUACGCAAACUUGCGACCCUUUGAGCCCGUUGGAGAGUCAAGUCCUUCAAACACGGAUUCUGCAAGUCCUGAUCCUCCUGAGCCACAUUCUGACCCCAUCCACUCAGAGUUCUGAGGGAGGCCGGACACUGGGAACAGACAUGGGAGCAGCCAGUCACAGGACCAUUAUCUAUGCAGUGGACAUUUUAAAAAAAAUCACUUAAGACUUUUUUAAAACAUUUUUCUCCUAUCCAUAGCUCUGUUAAAUUCAGAGAUGAUAGAUUAGAGGAACCAAGGAAGUAAAGCAAAGAUAAGAUUUAUGAAUCCAAGAUUGAGGGGCUUGGGAAGGGGGUUAAGAAACAAUGUGAGAAUAUCUUUCUAGGCUAAAGGGGAUAAGAAUCAGGUAACAUGACUGGCUCCGUGGGGAAACAGAUUUAAUGUAUGUGAUGAAAAUAAUAGCUGGCUGUUCUCGAGUGCUUGCCGUUUGCUAGGUAGGCCCUGUGUGAAGCACUGUGCUUGUGUCAUUACAUUUGGUCCUUGAUGGCCAUUAGCCCUGUUUUACAGUUGGGGAAACUGAGGCUGAGAUGUAACAUAAUUUGCUCAAAGACAUAUACCUCAUAAGGGAUGGACUGAUGGUUUGAAUCUCAAGUCUGUUUGACUUAAGGUCCUGCACACUGCCUCCUGUAAUUUUUAGAAUCACUGACGAUAAUUCUGAAAUGAUGUAGCUUAAAGCUUGUCUACUUAAUUGUAAGUAUUAGGGUGGUAAGCAGGCUUUAAGUGUGUGUGCAGUAAUUUUCUCUUCACUGCAAUUCUGGUUCCUUCUCUGUUCCUGCUAUCUAUGCAGCCACUAAGUUUUCAUUAGCAGUUAUGAGAGUAUUUAGCACAGAGUUAAAGUAAACGGAAAUGUAGAUGGUUGGUAGUAGUAUUGCUCUAAAAAUAAGCUUAGUGUUUAGUAUUAGUCUAGCCUUUAGUCAGCAGGUGGUGUAAAGAUGUAACCAAACUUUUUGUGAGAGAUUAGGGAAUGUUUACAGCCACUUUCUAGGUUUGGAUGUACAAGGUUUGGAUAUGAUUCAGGAAGAUCCUCAAUUCUGCGAAAAUUCAAAGGCCUGGCACUGGAGCUAGGAAGUAAGAAUACAUAGAAUAAUUAAAAAAAAAAAACAAAAAAACCCCCGAGGCUCCUGCUCUGUGACCUCACGGCCCUGAGGCAGAGACUGGCAGUCCCUAUACUUUUGAUAAAGGACUGUUUUCAGGCUUCUCUUCCCAUGCCCCCUCUCCCCCCAUCUGAGUUCUCUCCUAGGCUGCUGCCUGUUCCCUGUACACACUUGGGAUGGUUAUGUCCACUCCAUGGUUUCCAGUGAUGCUCCUGCCCAGGCUCCCUUCCUGUGCCCUGGGCCUGUGCAUCUAUCUAGCUCCACCUGGAUGUCCCUCGGGGCUUUCACUGUCCUAAACAGAACUGGCAUUCAUUCCUAACUCAGACCUGCUUCUCCUGUAUUAGCCGGAUGGCAACUUUUUUUCCCCCCCCCCACUAAGCCAGCUGACUCAUCCAUCAGCCUUCUUUCUUCCCUUUUUCUCACAUUUCUUAGAAUUUCAAGUCCCAUCAGUUCUACCUCUUACUUCUUGGAUCUAUUGAUUUAAUCUCUACUGCCUCUGUGUUCUUCCAGUCUUUAUACUGGAGCCAUUAGGGGUAGACAGAGCAGAGGGGGCUGCUGUGCAGUUGUGUAGCUUGGGACUGAAUGAGGACACCUCCCUGAGGCCAGGUGGGGCCUGGCAGUAAGUCCCUCUGAUUCAUACAAGGCCUCUUGUGGGUCAGCGGCUGCUGUGCUCCAGGAGGCAUCUUGCUAACCGUGUGUGGGAACUGCUUCUCAGUCCCUUUGCAGAUCUCAGUGACACACAGUGAGCCUUAGCACUAUGUCCUUUGCCACUAGGGUCAGUUACCUUGUUCCCCUUACACCCUCCCGCCCUUUUUUUUACUUGGUAAUAAAGGUAGCUUUUCACUUUGA